CGCUGUCCUAUUUUCCGUCCCCGGAAAUCGCGCCGCCCGCCACAACGGAAGCAUGGCAGCCGCCGAAUUGCGGGAGGCACUCGAGCGGCGACUCGACCAUCUGGCCAUCCGCACGGAAGUCGUGGAGCACCCGGAGGUAUUUACAGUUGAAGAAAUGAUGCCUCAUAUUCAACAUUUGAAAGGAGCACAUAGUAAGAACUUAUUUCUUAAAGACAAAAGGAAAAAGGGCUAUUGGCUGGUGACAGUUCUUCAUGACAGACAAAUUAAUUUAAACGAUCUUGCCAAGCAGUUAGGUAUUGGGAGUGGAAAUCUGCGGUUUGCUGAUGAAACAGCCAUGCUAGAAAAACUGAAAGUUGGCCAAGGCUGUGCCACACCCUUGGCACUCUUCUGUGAUGAUGGAGAUGUGAGAUUUGUUCUGGAUUCUGCUUUUUUGGAAGGUGGACAUGAAAAGGUAUACUUUCAUCCAAUGACCAAUGCUGCAACCAUGGGAUUGAGCCCUGAAGAUUUUCUCACAUUUGUGAAGAAGACAGGACAUGAUCCCAUCAUACUAAAUUUUGAUACAAACAACAAAUUGGGCUAAUGUUUAGAACACCUUUAUUUCUGAAAGAUGUUUUUGUAAUUGAUAGAAAGCAUUAAAAAUGAUAAAGUAUUUAGCACCUCAGUUUGAUGACUACCUGUUAUUUUAGGAAUUUUUUAUCUUCAGGGAGCUAAGUUUAAAAGGAUAUAUUGUGGUAGUUUUACCCCAGAUUCCAGGGCCCUAUCCCCCAUGACAAUUACUCAUUGAAGGAAUGCCUUCAAUAAUUAAGAAUAAAUUAACAUCAAAGCCAAGACUGUUAACAAAGAUUAAGUGUCUUAUAUCUUCUUUAGGGU